AUGUCGGGCGGCUCUCAGCACAACCCCAAUGGUCGACAAUCGCAGCUGGGCUCGCAAUGGAGCCCCCUGCAGUUACAGGUUGCAAAUCUUCUGGCUCGAGCGCCUCAAGCGCACAUGGCAUCGGACAGAGGCGUUACGUGGCACACACCAACGCCUCCAGCCCAUCUCUAUCACGUACCAGCGCCAUCACCCCCCGACCCACUUCAGGGUCUGUUGCAAUUGCAGGCGUUGAAAUCCGGCUCCAACUCAGUGUUCAGACAUACGGCCACCCCUCCAGAACUGUACAGACAUACGCCCACACCACCGGACAAACACCUGAUGAGACACACUCCGUCACCUGGCGACAUGAAAAAUCCAACGUUACCGCCAGACAUAUAUCAACACUUAGGAUCGAGCCGAGAUAAAAUGCGUGCAGAUGAAUUGCUCGCUUCUUAUGCACGCGUGGGCGUGGAUCUGUCACUGAGCAGCGGGCGAGCAUCGAACGGUGCCGCCACCUCACCUGCUCCACCAGGAUUGCCCACACCCUCCACCGGCCCACCCACGCCUACCGGGGCUCCUCCUUCAUUGUCGGUUCGGGACGCACCCACUAUCAAUAGCCUCAUAGCGCGGGCGCAGCCUCGACAUCCGCACGCGCGGGUCGAUGCGCUCCUAGAGAGACUAGUUCCCUCUCCGGUUUCUCCCCACUCGGUCAUCGUACAUUCGCGAGUUGCCCCUACUCCCUCGCCGCCCUCGUCCAACGAAGACUCGGCGGACUCCUGUGGAGCUCCACCGGGGUCUAAACGUAAACGUAAACCCGAACGUACAGUCCGCGUGCCUGUACCCCCACCUCCGACUAACGUAAGCCUGAGCCCCGCCGUCGCCCCUUCGCAGCCCGCACCGGCUCUCGUACCGCGAGUUACUCCACCACCGAGCGAAGCCGAACCGAAAGUCACACCGAAGACACCCUCACCACCGUUAGAAAACGGCGACACCGCCCACGCGAAAACCAACGGACCCGACGAGCGCCCGCCUUCCCCACGCUCCGACCAACCGCACGCUAGAAGAAAAACGCGCUCGGGCUCGGCGGAAACGAUAGCGGACAUCGCGGCCAUGAUUGCCGACACGGACCGCGUGUCGGUCGGUCCAAUUUUGCCGCCGCCGGAGCCUCCCGCCGCGCUCUCCGUGGACAAGCUCCGCAGCGUGCUGGCCAGCCCCGACGCUCCGCGCACUGAACCCAGCGGCGCCGUCGAGCCCAGCGUGCCGUGCACGGCCGAAGCCGCCCCCGCUCCCGCGGCCGUUACUCCCCCGACGGUGGCCGCGCCCCCCACCCCGCCCGCGCCUCCUCCCGCACCUGCCGCUGCGCCCCGGCGACGUAGCGCCCGCACCUCUAACCCCGAAGCUCCCAACGUUCCAGUCGAAUCCCCGUCGGAGGCGAAACCCGCCGAACCUGAAGCGAGCGAUGCGAGCACCGCCGAACCCGCGGCGGUCAGCUUCGUCGAAGUCGAGAACCAACUGGAAAAGAUGUUCGCGGGCAUCGAGGAGGAACCGUUGUCGGAGUCCGCGCCUCCCGGCACGGAUGCCACUGACGCGUGUGACGGUGGGGCCGAGGGCGGCUCUGGCGCGGCCCGCAAGCGCCGCCGCUCGGCGCCAGCGCGGCCCGAGCGGCGCGCGCCCCGGGGCCUGCCCUCGGACGACUCGCCUCGGAAGAAGCAACAGAAAAAGAAGCAGGACACCAGACGUCCUCGCAAAGGUCCCAGAGAAUCCUCUGCAAAAGACGCCUACGAUUCCGGCAGCAAUGCCAGUUCGAGCAAGUCGCGGGGACCUUAUAUACAGAUACGGGGGCCUCGGGAUUCUCCCCUCAGCGUGAGCGUCAUGAACACUUCGACCGGCGAGGAGGAGGACACCGCCACGAGACGAAAAGGCGGCGAAGAGUUCCGUAACGGGGUCCGGGGCGUGCGUGCGGUCAGGGGACUGCACGCCAGCACGCUGGGGCUGCGGUACGACGCCACCACGCCCGACGUCACGUGGCUCUGCGCCUUCUGCCAGCGACGGCCCCACGCCGCGUCGCUCGGGGACCUGUUCGGGCCCUACCGACUCGACAUGGACUGCGAGGAAUUCAGGGCGCUGGACGAGGCGAGCCGGCGGCGCUACUGCUCGGACGUGACGGGCGCGGCGGACGAGGUGUGGUUCCACGCGGAGUGCGCGCUGUGGGCGCCGGGGCUGCUGGCGGCGGGCGCGCGCGUGUGGGGGCUGGCGCCGGCCGUGUGGGGCGCGCGCGGCGCGCUGUGCGGCGCGUGCGGCGCGCCGGGCGCGGCCGUGGCGUGCGGCGCGCGCGCGUGCCCGGCGCGGGCGCACCUGCCCUGCGCGCGCGCCGGGCCCUGGGCGCUGGGCGACGACUUCCGCGCCGCCUGCCCCGCCCACCGCUCCUAA